UGUUUUUAAUUAGCCCCACCUCACCAUAGCAACACCCAUUUAGCUAGCCCGUUCAAAAUGGCUCUGUUUAUCAAAGGAGCUAGGCAUGCAAGCUGUAUUAUUAGUAGGUUUUACUCCUCGCCCGCCGUGGUCGUGCCUCGCAUGAUCAACGAGCCGAUGCUUAGUUUCUCACGUGACAGCUCAGAGAGGACGGAACUACAGAACGUUCUUAAAGAAUUAAAGGAUGGAGGGUCGCAAGAAAUACCUUGUGUCGUGGGCGGAAGAGAAGUUUUUACUGGAAACAUUAUGAAAAGAGAAUGCCCUUAUGAUGUAUCAAGGACAGUAGCUACGUAUCAUUAUGCAACUAAGGAACUGAUACAAGAAGCAAUUGAUUGUUCACUAAAAGCAAGGGAGGAGUGGGACAAUUUACCUUAUGAGCACAGAGCUGCUGUGUUCCUGAAAGCAGCUGAUCUUAUAAGUACAAAGUAUCGCUACCAUCUACUGGCUACUACGAUGAUUGGACAGGGUAAGACAGCAUUCCAAGCGGAAAUAGACGCAACAUGCGAGCUUAUCGAUUUCUAUCGCUAUGCCGUUGAAGCAGCUAAUGACAUGUACUGGACCCAGCCUCCUCAUAAUCCAAAGGGGGUCUGGAACAGGUUAGAGUAUCGUGGGCUGGAGGGCUUUGUGGCAUCAAUAUCUCCAUUUAACUUCACCGCCAUUGGUGGUAAUCUUGGUGGUACUCCUACCCUUAUGGGUAAUGUCACUGUAUGGAAACCCUCUGAUGCUGCAAUCCUUUCUAACUGGUACGUGUUUAAGGUUUUAAGAGAAGCUGGUGUUCCAGAUGGCGUCAUAAAUUUUGUACCUGCACCUCCUCAAGAUUUUGGGGACACAGUCACUGCCUCUCCUCAUCUGUCAGCUAUCAGCUUCACUGGGAGUGCAAAAACUUUUAAACAUUUGUGGAAGCAGGUUGGGGCCAAUAUUGAGAGUUACAGGUCAUUCCCACGUUUGGUUGGUGAAUGUGGUGGCAAAAACUUUCACUUGAUUCACGAAACAGCCGACCUUCAGUCAGUGAUCAAUGGGACUCUUAGAUCAGGAUUUGAGUACAGCGGACAAAAGUGUUCAGCUUGCUCCAGAGUGUAUGUACCAGAGUCUGUAUGGUCACAGAUCAAGGAUGAGUUUUUGAACCAAGUAAAGGACAUUAAAGUUGGUCCUGGUGAAGAUUUUACUUCCUUUACUUCAUCAGUUAUUGAUAAGCCUGCAUUUGAUAAAAUAACCGGCUAUCUGGAUUACGCCAAAUCAAAUCCAGAGCUAACAAUAUUGGCAGGAGGUGAAUCAGAUGACAGUGUUGGAUACUACGUUCAACCAACUGUCAUUCAGACGACUAACCCUCGUAACAAAUUGAUGAGUGAGGAAAUUUUCGGGCCGGUUUUGACUGUAUACGUAUUCCCUGAUAACAAAUGGGACGAAACUCUUCGUCUGAUUGACGAGACAUCUCCUUAUGGUCUAACUGGUUCAAUAUAUGCCAGAGACAGAACUGUUAUUGAAAAGGCACGAAGAGUGCUAAGGAAUGCAACUGGCAAUUUGUAUAUCAAUGAUAAAUCCACAGGGUCUGUUGUUGGACAGCAACCUUUUGGUGGUAGCAGAAUGUCAGGUACUAAUGACAAGUCUGGAGCUACUUCCUAUGUUUUCAAGUGGGUUUCUCCUAUUUCUAUUAAGGAGACCUUUGUUCCAAUGACAACGUGGGGCUAUCCUUCUGUUGACAAAAACUAAAGUAUUAUUGUCAUUAUUAUUUUGAACCUCAAAUAACUGAUUGCUGAUGUAUUAAAAUUGCUUCAUGUAUGAACAAUUGUAUUUAGUUUUGUACUUUGCAUCAAUUAUAAUAAGAAUUAAUAUUAUUGUUAUUGCUGUUAUUGUUAUUGUUAUUUUAUCACAUAAAUAAUGA